AUGCGUCUAUGGUCAAAUCUCGCCACGGCCAGUUCGCUGGUAUCUUUGGUGACUGGUUACGUUGUCCAGAGAGACUCUACUUGCACUCUUUAUCCUGAGUCACUCAAGCACAAUGGAGAAGCUAUCGACGACGCGCCUUCGAUUCACAAAGCAUUUGUAGACUGUGGACAAAACGGUCGAGUAGUGUUCUCCAAUCAUACAUUUAACAUCAACUCGGUCAUGAACACAACGAACCUGAAUAAUUGCGAAGUAUCAUUGCAGGGAGAGCUGCUAUUUUCUGAUGACAUUUCCUACUGGCUCUCGCACUCUUAUUCCGUUGUAUUCCAAAACCAAUCGACAGCUUGGCUUUUUGGUGGAACGAAUAUCACUUUCCGUGGUGAGGGAGGUUGGUAUAAUGGCAACGGCCAAGCUUGGUAUACAGAGAACCAAAAUGGGAGCAACCAGCCGGGCCGACCUAUCAGUAUCACUUUUAUAAACUCCGAAAACGUGCUCAUCGAUGGCCUUACCAUCAUACAACCUCAAUUCUGGGCAACCUUUGUAUCAUACAGCAAAAAUGUGUCAAUCACUAACCUGUAUGUGAAUGCUACGAGCGAUGAUCAAUGGGGUACUGUCAAUACCGACGGAUAUGACUCCUGGAACAGUGACAACUUGCUUGUCGAGAACGCAGUUAUCACCAAUCAAGAUGAUUGCAUAGCAGCUAAAGGAAACACCACAAACCUGCAUGUUAAAAAUGUCACCUGUUAUGGAAACUAUGGAAUGUCAAUCGGUUCGGUCGGCCAAUACCCAACAAUGCCAGACUAUGUGCAGAAUGUUACAUUCGAAGAUGUUCGCUGUAUCAAUUGCCAAGAGGGAGCCUUAAUCAAGACAUGGCAAGGUGUAUCUGAUAAUGGCAGCUCCAAUGGCGAUAGCGGUGGUGGUGGCAGCGGUUUGGUCAAGAACAUCACAUAUCGCAACUUUGAAUUGACCAAUGUUGCUUUGCCUAUUCAGAUCUCCCAAUGCAUUUACAGUGAAGAUGGGCAAAGCUGCAACACCUCUAAGAUGGCUAUUGAGGAUAUAACAUGGUCUAAUAUCAAGGGGACAUCACGGUAUAAUAUCGCGACGUCGAUUUACUGCUCUGACGUUCAUCCCUGCCCUGGGCUCAAGUUUGAGGACAUCGAGCUUCAAUCAGUUAACAGUACGUUGGGAUUGCCAAUGUAUGGAACCGAUCUUCAAAAUGAAGUCUAUCAAUGCACCAACAUAAUCGAUCAAGACGACUCAGGAAUUCCUUGCAACCGCGCGGCUCCAGACAAUUAUGGCCAAACAGUGACUACAAACGUGAAAGAUGACUAG